AUGUCAUCUUCCCCGAUCAACCUCAACGACGGCACCAUCAUCCCACCGAUUGGCUUUGGGACAGGGACCGGCCUGUACGGCUCAGAAUGUGCCGAUCUCGUUCUUUCCGCUCUGAACGCAGGAUACAGAUACCUCGACUCUGCACAGAUGUACCGUAAUGGGAGCUCUAUCGGGGAGGCGCUCAAGAGAUGGGAGGGUGGGAGUAGGAAGGACGUGUAUAUUGUGACCAAGUUCGGGCAAGAUGGGCUCAAGGAGGAGGAUUGGGAGCCUCGGAAGGUCCUCAAGGAGCAGAUGAAGCUGAUGGGCGUUGAUCAUGUUGACCUAUACCUGAUCCACAGCCCACUGUUCGCCAAGCCGAACCUACAAGAAUGCUGGAAGACCAUGGAAGCGCUUCAGAAGGAAGGCCUGACCAAGUCGAUUGGGGUCAGUAACUUCCGCGAAGAGGAUAUCUUGGAGAUCAAGAAGGUGUGGACUGUCCCUCCUACGGUCAACCAGAUCGAAUACCAUCCCUACGUGUACCACGCGCCGAACAUGCUCCGCCUCCGAUCCCUGAUGGACGCCCACGAUAUCAAGAUUGAGGCAUACGGACCUCUUACCGCUCUGUUUAGGUCCACGGGCGGGCCGGUCGAAAAAGUGAUACGCGGCAUUGCGGAGAAACACGGGUCGACCGAGGCGCAGGUCCACUUGGCUUGGGCAAAGCAGUACGGUGACGGAGUCAUUGUGACUACCUCCCGUAAUGAAGGACGGCAGAAGGAGCAGCUCGCUUCACUCGACAAGGUGACUCUCACCGCGGACGAAGUGGAACAGAUCGCUCAGGCGGGUAAGGGCCGUUUCUUCCGUUUCUUCAUGAAGCACAUAUGGGACGAGGCGAAGCCAUGA